UUAUUACUCAAUGAAGAGAACUUUAGCGCUGCCUUCGAAGGCUUCUCUCCAUCCAGUCUUCGAGGCCUAGAUUUGGAGCUCAAGUCUAGCCGUCGUCUGUGCGAAGUGGGAGGUCUGGCGGACGUGAAGAAGUGUCUAAUGGAGACAAUACUUUGGUCCAUCAAAUAUCCGGUAUUGUUCUCAAAGCUGCCACUGAAAGCCCAGUCGUCUGUACUUCUAUUCGGCGCUCCGGGAACUGGAAAGACAUUACUUAUAGAAGCGAUUGCUAACGAAUGCGGUAUUAAUUUUAUUGGUAUCAAAGGUCCCGAACUAUUGUCUAAAUAUGUGGGCGCGAGUGAGCAGUCAGUGCGGGAUCUGUUCAGUAGAGCCGAGAGCGCCAAACCCUGUAUAUUGUUUUUUGACGAAUUUGACUCAUUAGCUCCUCGUAGAGGACACGACAGCACUGGAGUCACUGAUCGUGUUGUCAAUCAAUUGCUAACACAAAUGGAUGGCUUUGAAGAGUUAGGAACAGGUGUUUACGUGCUGUCAGCCACCAGUAGACCUGAUCUUAUAGAUCCGGCUCUACUGAGGCCCGGGAGGUUUGAUAAAUGCUUGCAUUGUUCGCUCCCUAAUCAAGAGGAAAGGCUGGAGAUAUUGAAUAUUAUUAGCUCUAAACUAUCUCUGGGCUCAGACGUUGACUUAGAGAUGAUUGCCAGUGAAACCAAAGGCUAUACCGGCGCUGAUUUACAAGCGCUACUAUAUUCAGCUCAAUUAGAAGCACUACNUGAAUAUUAUUAG